GAUCAGGCUGGCUACUUCAGGGCAGCUUUAGUGGUUGGGGUGGAUCAGGUGCCAGUGGAAGGAGUGGCCUCGGUUCUGGGUGGGGAGGUGCGAGCUCCCGUAGUGGAGGAUAUGGAUCUGGAGGAUGGGGAGGCUCAGGUACAGAUACAGAUAUGUAUAUCUACAUUUGAGGAUCAGGCUGGCUACUUCAGGGCAGCUUUAGUGGUUGGGGUGGAUCAGGUGCCAGUGGAAGGAGUGGCCUCGGUUCUGGGUGGGGAGGUGCGAGCUCCCGUAGUGGAGGAUAUGGAUCUGGAGGAUGGGGAGGCUCAGGUACAGAUACAGAUAUGUAUAUCUACAUUUGAGGAUCAGGCUGGCUACUUCAGGGCAGCUUUAGUGGUUGGGGUGGAUCAGGUGCCAGUGGAAGGAGUGGCCUCGGUUCUGGGUGGGGAGGUGCGAGCUCCCGUAGUGGAGGAUAUGGAUCUGGAGGAUGGGGAGGCUCAGGUACAGAUACAGAUAUGUAUAUCUACAUUUGAGGAUCAGGCUGGCUACUUCAGGGCAGCUUUAGUGGUUGGGGUGGAUCAGGUGCCAGUGGAAGGAGUGGCCUCGGUUCUGGGUGGGGAGGUGCGAGCUCCCGUAGUGGAGGAUAUGGAUCUGGAGGAUGGGGAGGCUCAGGUACAGAUACAGAUAUGUAUAUCUACAUUUGAGGAUCAGGCUGGCUACUUCAGGGCAGCUUUAGUGGUUGGGGUGGAUCAGGUGCCAGUGGAAGGAGUGGCCUCGGUUCUGGGUGGGGAGGUGCGAGCUCCCGUAGUGGAGGAUAUGGAUCUGGAGGAUGGGGAGGCUCAGGUGCCGCAGAUACCAGAAACAGCGGUGGUGGGGUGGCGUGAGCGGACGCAGCGGCUUCGGCGGCAGCGGAUACGGUGGAGGCUGGAACUCGAAUUCCCUGGGACGGUCCACGGGAGGGUGGGACUCGAACUCACUUGGAAGGUCUUCAGGAGGGUGGGGUUCUAAUUCACUCGGACGGUCUGGUGGGUCCGGCUGGCAGUCUUCCGGAUGGUAGAUUGGUGAAAUCUCCCUAUCUGACGAAUUAAUGCGUGACGGGGUAUAGUGGCAGAUCAGGGCUGCAAGGUUUGCAAUCGAACGGCCUUUUUGACUUUAUCCGAAUGA